GGUCUAGCUUCUUUACAAAAACAACUUCUUUCUAUGAUCAUGCAAGAAGAAAUACAUGUAUGAGAUCAAAACCAGGGAGAUUGGAUGAGAAAGAAGAUGCUGAGUAAUAAAAGGGUUUUUAUUGUCCUUGAUGAUGUGGAUAGUAACGAGCAACUGACGGCAUUAGCAGGGGAUCGGAAAUGGUUUGGUCCAGGGAGUAGGGUGAUUAUAACAUCCAGAGAUAGUCAUCUGUUGAAAACACAUGGAGUGAAUGAUAUCUUUAAGGUUGAGCAGCUUCAACAAGAUGAAGCACUGCAACUCUUUAGUUUGUCGGCCUUCAAGAAAACCCAUCCUACAGAGAAUUACAAGGAUCUAUCUAUGGAUUUUGUGAAUUAUGCUCAAGGCCUUCCUUUAGCUCUUAAAGUUUUGGGUUCCUUCUUAUUUGGGAGAACGAUAGUUGCCUGGAGAAGUGCUAGGGAUCAACUAGAAGCAAUUCCUAAUAAAGAAAUUAUGAAUAUACUUCAAAUAAGUUUUGAGGGGCUGGAGGAUUUGCAGAAAGAGUUGUUUUUGGACAUGGCGUGUUUGUUCCAAGGAGACAUGAGUCUAGAUAACAUAUUUUUGCAGACAUUAGAAAGUUUUGGUUACUAUCCCGGCAUCAACAUUGACGUACUCGUAGACAAGUCCCUCCUCACCAUCUCAUAUGGAAAGUUGUUCAUGCAUGAUUUGCUAAAAGAACUGGGCAGGGACAUAGUUCGCCGUGAAUGCCCUGAAGAACCUGGACGACGUAGUAGACUGUUUCGUGUGGAGGAUCUCUAUCACGUACUGAAGAAUGAUACUGGAACUGAUGCAACUAAAGCCAUAGUCGUGGAUUCUUGUCCUGAAACGAAAGAUCGGAGACUCAACGCCAAAGCAUUGUCAAAGAUGAGAAAAUUAAAAUUUUUUAAAUUUCAUCAUUCUCAAACUUUAAAAUGGCGUGGAAAACCCUUAAAAUACAUGCCAACCAAUGAGUUGCAAUACCUAGAGUGGUCUAACUAUCAUUUGAAAUCCUUUCCGAGCAGUUUCCAACCAAAACAUCUUACUGUACUAAGGAUGCGUGGCAGCCUUAUGAAACAACUAUGGCAGGGGUCGAUGGAUUUAGACAAUUUGAAGGAAUUAGAUCUGAGAGAUUCAAAGAACUUGAUUGAAAUACCAGAUUUGACUGGAGCCCCAAAUCUUGAGAGAAUAGACCUGACAGCUCAGGUUAAGUGGAUGGUCUAUGAUGGCAAGCCAUUGCGCGCCGGCGUGUUUCCAGUAUAG